AUGGUCAGUGAGAGAGGCAUGAAGACAAAUCCAGAUAAGAUCAGAGUCAUCCUUGACAUGCCUACGUCAAACAUUGAGAGAGAAAUCAGAGGUUUCUUGGGUAGACUUCAGUACAUCAAUAGAUUCAUUGCCAGAUUAACAGAUAUCUGCGAACUCAUUCUCCGACUCUUAAAGAAGAGUCAGGCUACUAUUUGGGAUGAUAAGUGCCAACGCGCAUUCGAGAGGAUCAAGGAGUAUUUAUUGUCGCCUUCAGUUCUAGUGUCUCCUAUACCAGAAAAUCUUUCGUUUGCAUUGUGGGCUUAUCGGACUUCUUUUCACAUCUCUACUGGAGCCACACUCUACUCUUUGGUGUAUGGUAUGGAGGCAGUGCUACCAAUUGAGAUAAUGAUGGGUUCAUUGAGUCUAUAUCAUAAGAUAGAUAAUAUUCAGUACUCCAUCUCUAGACUUACCAACCUCAACACAGUGAAUGAGAAAGGAAAAUUUCCCUCUCAACCAAGCCAAAAUCCUAAGGGUGUUCAUGAAGUUGAAACCCAAGAGGGGGAUUCUUCAAAGUUAAGGGAGGUCAAAGCUGUGAUAACCUUGAGGAGUGGAAAGGAGGUUGAUCAACCCUUGCCUAACUUGGGGCCUGAUGAAGAACUCAGAUCAAAGGGACCCUUGAUUAAAGAGGGCAAAAACCAAGAAGAGCAGAUGAUUAAGGAGGAUAUGAUGAAAAAACAUAUGCCUCCCCCUUUUCCUCAAGCUUUACAUGGAAAGAAAGAAAUCAAGAAUUCAUCAGAAAUUCUUGAAGUGCUGAGGCAAGUGAAGGUGAAUAUACCUUUACUUGAUAUGAUCAAGCAAGUCCCCACAUACGCAAAGUUUCUAAAGGACUUGUGCACAGUCAAGAGAGGUUUACAGGUGACAAAGAAUGCAUUCCUCACUGAGCAAGUGAGUGCUAUCAUUCAGAGUAAGUCCCCAGUUAAGUAUAAAGAUCCGGGAUGUCCCACCAUAUCAGUCAACAUUGGACGGACAAAUGUGGAAAAAGCUUUACUAGACUUGGGAGCAAGUGUGAAUUUGCUCCCAUACUCUGUGUAUAAGCAACUGGGACUAGGAGGAUUAAAGCCCACAACCAUGACCCUCUCCUUAGCUGAUAGGUCGGUCAAAAUCCCAAGAGGAGUGAUAGAGGAUGUUCUAGUUCAAGUGGACAAAUUCUACUAUCCUGUGGAUUUUGUGGUGCUUGAUACUGAUUCCACUGUCAAGGAAGAAAAUUAUGUACCAAUCAUCCUAGGGAGACCUUUCCUAGCUACCUCCAAUGCUAUUGUUAAUUGUAGGAAUGGGGUGAUGCAGCUCACAUUUGGAAACAUGACAUUGGAAUUAAACAUAUUCCACUUAUGUAAGAGGCAUCUUUACCCUGAAGAGGAGGAAGGAUUUGAGGAGGUGUGCUUGAUCAACACUUUGGUUGAAGAGCACUGUGACAAGAGUUUAGAGGAGAGCUUGAAUGAAAACCUGGAAGUCCUUGAAGAUGGGUUCCCUGAACCCUCUGAUGUGCUAGCCAUUAUGUCUCCUUGGAGGAGACGGGAAGAGAUCUUACCACUGUUCAACCAGGAAGACUCACAAGGAGUUGCUGUGGAGAACCCUCCAAAGCUUAUUUUAAAACCACUUCCUCUGGAGUUGAAGUAUGCAUACUUGGAGGAUGAUGAAAAAUGUCCAGUGGUAGUUUCCUCAACCCUCACUAGUGAUCAAGAGGAUAGUCUUUUAGGAGUCCUCAGAAAAUGUAAGAAAGCCAUUGGAUGGCAAAUUUCUGAUCUGAAAGGGAUUAGCCCUUUGGUGUGCACCCAUCAUAUUUAUAUGGAGGAUGAUGCAAAACCAGUGAGGCAACCCCAAAGGAGACUGAAUCCUCACAUGCAAGAGGUGGUGAGGAGUGAAGUUUUGAAGCUACUUCAAGCUGGGAUCAUAUAUCCCAUUUCAGACAGCUUGUGGGUGAGUCCCACCCAAGUAGUCCCAAAGAAAUCUGGAAUCACUGUGAUCCAGAAUGAGAAAGGGGAGGAAGUCUCUACACGACAUAUCAUCUCCAAAAAUGGCAUUGAGGUAGAUAAGGCAAAGGUGGAGCUUAUUGUUAAGUUGCCACCUCCCACAAAUGUUAAAGGAAUUAGGCAAUUCCUUGGACAUGCAGGAUUCUAUAGGAGGUUCAUUAAGGAUUUCUCAAAAAUCUCAAAACCUCUGUGUGAGCUUUUGGUAAAGGAUGCCAAGUUUGUGUGGGAUGAGAAGUGUCAGAGAAGUUUUGAGGAAUUGAAACAAUUCCUCACAACUGCACCAAUAGUGAGAGCCCCAAAUUGGAAAUUACCUUUUGAGGUAAUGUGUGAUUCAAGUGAUCUUGCUAUGGGGGCUGUUUUAGGGCAAAGAGAAGAUGGAAAGCCCUAUGUGAUCUAUUAUGCAAGCAGAACUUUGAAUGAGGCUCAAAAGAACUACACAACUACUGAAAAGGAGUUGUUGGCAAUAGUUUUUGCCUUGGAUAAGUUUCGUGCUUAUUUGGUAGGGUCCUCUAUAGUAGUGUUCACUGAUCAUUCUGCUUUGAAGUACUUGCUAACCAAGCAGGAUGCCAAGGCAAGAUUGAUAAGAUGGAUUCUUUUGCUCCAAGAAUUCAAUCUCCAAAUCAGGGAUAAAAAUGGGGUAGAAAAUGUGGUAGCUGACCACUUGUCCAGACUAGUGAUAACACAUGACUCACAUGGUCUACCUAUCAAUGAUGACUUCCCUGAGGAGUCUCUCAUGUCAGUAGAUUUAGCUCCAUGGUAUUCUCACAUUGUAAACUUUUUGGUUACUGGAGAAGUACCAAGUGAGUGGAGUGCUCAAGACAAAAGGCAUUUCUUAGCUAAGAUCCAUGCCUAUUAUUGGGAGGAACCUUUUCUUUUCAAAUAUUGUGCAGAUCAAAUUAUAAGGAAAUGUGUUCCUGAGCAAGAGCAAUCGGGAAUUCUUUCCCAUUGCCAUGAUGAUGCAUGUGGAGGUCAUUUUGCCUCCCAGAAAACAGCUAUGAAAGUGAUCCAAUCAGGCUUCUGGUGGCCAUCUCUUUUCAAGGAUGCCCAUUCUAUGUGUAAGGGAUGUGAUCGGUGUCAAAGGCUUGGUAAGCUAACACGCCGAAAUAUGAUGCCCUUGAACCCCAUCUUAAUAGUGGAUAUCUUUGAUGUAUGGGGUAUAGACUUUAUGGGACCAUUUCCAAUGUCAUUUGGACAUUCCUACAUCUUGGUAGGAGUGGAUUAUGUCUCUAAGUGGGUAGAGGCAAUCCCAUGUAGGAGCAAUGAUCAUAAGGUGGUACUUAAAUUCCUCAAGGACAACAUCUUUGCAAGAUUUGGAGUGCCAAAGGCCAUUAUAAGUGAUGGGGGAACCCACUUUUGCAAUAAACCUUUUGAGACUCUUCUAGCCAAGUAUGGGGUUAAGCACAAGGUAGCUACACCUUAUCACCCCCAAACAAGUGGUCAAGUUGAGUUAGCCAACCGAGAGAUCAAGAAUAUAUUGAUGAAGGUGGUUAAUGUGAAUAGGAAGGAUUGGUCUAUCAAGCUCCUGGAUUCCUUAUGGGCUUAUAGGACCGCUUACAAGACCAUUCUAGGAAUGUCUCCCUAUCGCCUUGUUUAUGGCAAAGCGUGUCAUCUUCCAGUAGAAAUUGAGUAUAAAGCAUGGUGGGCAAUCAAAAAGCUCAACAUGGAUUUGACAAGAGCCGGGUUAAAGAGAUGUUUGGAUUUGAAUGAAUUGGAGGAAAUGAGGAAUGAUGCAUACCUCAAUUCAAAAAUUGCCAAAGCAAGAUUGAAAAAAUGGCAUGAUCAGUUGGUAAAUCAGAAAAAUUUUACCAAAGGACAAAAAGUUUUGCUUUAUGACUCUAAACUUCAUCUCUUUCCAGGAAAAUUGAAAUCCAGGUGGACGGGUCCUUUCAUAAUUCAUGAAGUGCAUCCCAACGGAGUGGUGGAAAUAUUC